AUGCAAGUCCAAGGCCAGGAGCACAGAGUGGCAGCAACUAUCCUUAAGCCUUCGGCACACUGGCUCCCCAGUCGCCCUGGGCCCGUCCCUCCGGCUUCUUCCAGCAGACAUUUUUCUGUUCCUGUUACGGGCACGGAUACCACAGAGUACCAGUGUCGCCCCCCUCCACGGGCCUGCGCCACCUCCCGCGUGUCGCGAGGAUCUCGCCUGCGCGCGCAGACGGCACCGAAUUCGCUGCCAGACCUGGUGGAGAUUUUAGCUUUUGAGCCAGCAGCAGAGACAAGCUGCUGCACAGUCGGGCCCGGCCCGGCCCGGCCCGCCUCGGCCCUGGCACCGGAGAAACGCGCGGGCGGAGCCCGCUCACCGCGACCCCCGCGCGGCGCGGAAGGAGCCCGGCUCGCUCCCCCGCCCCCCGCGGCGCGGACUGCAGCUCCCAGAGCGCCCCGCGCCGCGCCGGAAGGGGAAACUCGCUGCCCUCGCUAUAAGGCCGCCGCGCCGCCGCGUCGGCUUAAAGGGGCCGCGUCCGGCAGGAGGAGAUGUUCCCCUCUGGGCUCUGGCUCUAGGAUGCUGGAGAACCGAGAAGAAGAGCUGACCACAGUGCGUGUGCAGGACCCCCGGGUGCAGAACGAAGGCUCUUGGAACUCCUAUGUGGAUUAUAAAAUCUUCCUCCAUACCAACAGCAAGGCCUUUACUGCCAAGACCUCAUGUGUGCGGCGCCGGUACCGUGAAUUUGUGUGGCUGAGGAGGCAGCUCCAGAAGAAUGCAGGCUUGGUGCCAGUCCCAGAGCUGCCUGGAAAAUCCACCUUCUUUGUGGGCAGCACGGAUGAGUUCAUUGAGAAGCGGAGACAGGGGCUACAGCAGUUCCUGGAGAAGGUUGUGCAGAACGUGGUCCUCCUCUCCGACAGCCGGCUGCACCUCUUCCUGCAGAGCCAGCUCUCAGUGCCCGAGAUAGAGGCGUGUGUGCAAGGCCAGGGCUCGCUGACAGUGACAGAAGCCAUCCUGCACUAUGCCAUGUCCAACUGUGGCUGGGUGCAGGAGGAAGAGACUCGCCCCAUGCUGCUGCCAGGAGGAGACCUGCACGGCAGCUGUGCUGGCCUGGGAAGCCCACAGGGUCCAAGCUGCCUAGAGACCUUCCCUCACUGGAGUGACUUUGGCAUGGAGGACACCCACACAGACAGUCUGGACGCACCGGCUGAGCACAAGACACAGUAAAUGGCUCUAGCGACCUCGCCUGCCCUUUCUGGGACCUGCAGCGCUCGCUGGGUGAAGAUGGCCACCACUGAGCCUGGAGGGAUGUCCAGGGCUACAGAACCAGGGCUGUACUGGGAAUGCAGCCUUGUCCUUGGCUUUGCAGUGUCCAGGGCUCACGUGCUUUCUCCCUGCUGCCUCUGGACUCUAGACGUCCCAGGCAGCGUGUUCAUAUAGCUCUUCUUUUCAGAGAAGAAAUCUAGUGGUUAGUGAAACCUGUGUUUGUUGUUCCCAUGGCCUUUGCCCUCUGACUGGAGCAGUAGGAGGGCUUAGAUGGCUGCUCUGCCCUGCCAGCAGGGCCCCAUGUUCUUGGCAUGUCCCUUGCCCGGUGCAGGGUCAGGUAUGGCUCGAUGGCUCACAUCCAGCACAAGCAGGGAGUGCUCUGGCCCUGGUGCGGGGCCGCCGGCUGCAAGCAGGGGCUGGCUGCUGCCCAGCUCUGUCCUCGUGGGUUUCUUGAGCUCGGUUCCCUAGCUGAAGCGCAGGCAGCAGCGGCUCUAUUUCCCCGGUAAUAGCCAUGCUGCGCUUCCGCAGCGGUGGUGUCUCAGCUGCGCUGAGCUGCAGCCCACAUGCUGGGUGCAGAUACCGUAUCCACACCUGGGGCCUCCUGGCACCAUGUGCCCCACAGGUUGUGCGCAGCUGGGAUGAACAGGGACAUGCUCCCCUUGGGGGCUGUUGCCUGGGAUCUCCUGUGCCCUGGGAGCGCAGGGCUUGGGAAUGAAGCAGCGGGGAGGUAGAAGGGAGGCAGUUUCUCUGCUCUGGCCCCAUUGAGGGGAAGCCACUUCCAGGUGAGCUCCUGCAGGAGAGCAAAUGUCCUUUUUCACACACUUUUGUGCACAGUUGGGAACCUGGUGGGGGGGACAGCAAGGGAACUUGGAGGGCACACAGCCAGUAUGCAGUUUGUUUGCUAGGAGAGAAGGAGCUGGUAGCUUCCCUGGAGUCGGUGCCCGGCAGUGCCUGGGCUCCGGUUGCUCUUGACACUGCUCCCUGUGCUUUCCUGCGCUCUUUCCUGCUACCCUGAGCAUGAUGAAGGCAGAGCUGACAUGCUCCGACUUGAAAUAAAAAUGAAGUAGAAGAGC